UGGUUAUCAAGGCACCACAUUGCCUAUCAAUUGUUCCUUGAAGUAAAAAACGAAGUUGGACCAGGCGGAUGCGAUCCUACUAAUACUCAUGUAUGUUACUGGAAAGAUCGGGGUGGAAUAGGUUAUCAUUCAGUUGAUGGUAAUGGUAAUUUACAUCGUUUCCAAACUGUACAGAGAUCAGGUCAAAUGGCUUUAGUUGCUGAUAUUGUUGAAAAAGCUAUUAAUGAUGGAGCUAAAUUUGGAAAAGGUAUAAUUGAAAAAUCUGCUUUUAACCUAAAGAAUGAAGAUGGUUGGAUUUUACGUGUAAUUCAUUAUUUAAUGCGUUGGAUUCAGCAUAAAUGGUACGUGGAUUCAUAUGGUGGCAUAACUCAAAGUAACCAUGCUCUACCACCGAUUAAUGUAACUCCGAAAUUCCGUUCAAAAUAUCAACGUCCGCUAAUACCUCCAGGAUUAGAACAACCAGUGGCUACGCCUAUACAACCAUUUUAUACGUUGCACGGUUUCUUGGUUGAAUACAUGUCACUACUACCACCAUCACCUAUGUUGAGAGUCGGUUACGUUUCAUCUGAUUUCAAAGAUUGCCCCUUAGCUCAUUCAAUGCAAUCCGUAUUUGGAAUGCACGAUCGAGAUAAGAGCCUUGUAUUUGCCACUCGUCCAGCCCCGAUUCAAGUAACUCACAUGGGGUUUGCAAGCUCUUUAGGUGGUUUAUGGUAUGUUAAAGUCAAUGAACAUGUAUGCCCGGAAUCUCAGACCAGUGAUUAUCAAUUUUGGAGUAAAAGUUGUGAUUUAUUGGGUGAAGUAGAUCCUGAAGAGGAUGAUAAAAAUUGA